CCAGAGGUUGACUGCGGCGUCCCCAGCGAGGUGAAGCACGCCCAGGCCUCUUUCAACUCCACCAAGGUGGGCUCACUGGCUGAAUACCAAUGCGAGCUGGGCUACACCCUCAGUCUGCACAACCACCCCCGCAUCUGCCGCUCACCGGGCGUCUGGAGCGACCCCCCCGAAUGUGAUGAGAUUGAUGAGUGCCGGUCGCAGCCCUGCCUGAACGGCGGCCAGUGCAAGGACCGCAUCGCCGAGUUCCUGUGCCUGUGUGAGCCGGGUUAUGCUGGCCACCACUGCGAGCUGGAUGUCGAUGAGUGCCAGUCGGAGCCCUGCAAGAAUGGCGGGACCUGCCGGGACCUUCCCGGCGCCUUCGCUUGCCACUGUCCUGAGGGCUUUGUGGGCACCCAGUGUGAGACAGGUAGGGACUUGCCCUUCCCGGGGCAGUGAGAGGCUGGACUGUGGGCACUGGGGUGCAGCAAGUACCAGCACUGGGCUGGGUGGCUGGUUGCCACGGCCAGUGCCCCCUGCUUCCCCAGCCCCUGCGGCGGCAGAGGCUACUGCCUGCCCAGCAACGGCACCCACAGCUGUACCUGCAAAGUCAGCUUCACAGGCAAGAGCUGCGAAAAAGAAUUGCUGCCACCAACCUCAUUAAAGGUGGAAAGGGUGGAGGACACUGGUGUGUUGAUUUCUUGGCACCCACCUGAGGACGCAGCCGCCAGGCAACUCAUUGACGGCUACGCCGUGACGUACGUAUCCCUCGACGGCUCUUACCGCAGGACAGAUUUUGUGGACCGAAGUCGUUCUGCCCACCAAUUGCGGGCAUUAGCCUCCGGCAGAGCCUACAAUAUUUCUGUCUUUUCAGUCAAACGCAACGUGAACAACAAGAAUGAUAUCAGCAGGCCUGUCAUGCUCACCACGCGCACUAGACCGCGUCCGGUGGAAGGCUUUGAGAUCACGAACGUGACGGCCAGCGCCAUCACAGUGCAAUGGGCGCUCCACCGUCUCACGCACUCCACCGUCAGUCGGGUGCGGGUCUCCAUCCGCCAGCCAGGGGACCUGGCAGCCCGCACAGUGGAGCUGAACAGCAGCGUGGCCAAAUACACCUUCCUGGACCUGCAGCCAGGAGAGCGGUACAUUGUCCAUGUCACCACGCUGAGUGGCCUGGGGACGGAAGACCACCCCUCAGAGAGCCUGGCCAUGGCCCCCUUCCACGUCUGGACCAGGCCUCUUCCUCCUCAAAACCUCACCGCCUCCCGUGUCACUGCCACCUCCGUGUCCAUGGCAUGGGAGCAGCCGCCCACCGGUGCUGUGGAGGGGUACAUCAUCAACGUCACCACCACUCAGAGCGUGAAGAGCCGCUAUGUGCCCAACGGGAAGCUGGUGUCCUACACAGUGCGGGACCUGCUCCCCGGGCAGCGGUACCGCCUGUCUGUAACAGCUGUGCAGAACACAGAGCAAGGCCAAGUGCACAGCGAGCCCAUCCACCUCUACAUCACCACCCUGCAGAGGGAUGGGGCUCCAGAGAGACGGUGGAGCCAAGCCGGACACCCCCGCGUCCUGCGCAACAGACUGCCCCCGGCUUUCCUCCCUGAGCUCCGCUUGCUGGCGGAUCACGAUGCAGCCGAGGAGCCCUCGCCAGCCCCCAGGUUCACUGAGCUGGUGGAUGGCAGAGGGAGGAUCAGCACCAGGUUCGGCACUGCACCAGGCAAAUCCAUCACCGUGAAGACGCAGCCGGAGGCUCCAGUGAAGCUGGAGAACGCAGAGGUGUCCAGCCAGGGCAGCCUGGUGCUGCAGCUGCGUCAGGCAAAGAGCAAGAGAGAGGGGCAGAACUGCUCCCCCAACCCCUGCAGGAACGGAGGCACCUGCACCGGGGAUGCCCAGGCCCACCACUGCCACUGCCACCCCGGGUUCAAGGGCCGGCUCUGCGAGCGGGUGACAGCCUGCAAGAAGGUGCCACACUCGUGCACGCGGCUGUACGCGGAAACCAAGUCAUUGCCCGUGUGGGAAGGAGGCACCUGCCACUACCUGUACAGGAGAGUCUACAAGGCACACACAGCUGUCUGCUACAAGGAGAGCUGUGAGAGCACCGCUUCCUGGAAGACAACCAGCAGAAAACCCAGCACCAGUCACACACUGAAGAAGCCAUAG